UUAUCCGCAAGGCUAUCCAGACAAGGCUGUCAACCUUGAGCCAGGUCUUCCAUCAACUCCCACCACCAAGCACCCUUUCUUGUAUCUGCGACACAGAUAAUCGGUGUCGCCUCGAGUGUCGCCUUCCAACGCACUCAAGAUCGCAUCCUCUUAGAAGACUUGGCUUUCUCUAUCUCAGACCAGGCUGCUGCCAGUCUGUUUGUUGAUGGCCGUCAUGACUACUCAAUACUCAGAAGCUGUCGCACUCGAGCAAAAGACACAGCCCGUUCCAUCAUCAGACAAGAUGGCUUUGGAUUUAGAUAUCAACGGAACCUCAACUCGAGAUGAGACCAACAUUGACUCCACUUCUGAUGCUACAAUAAACAAACCCACCCUCUCACCUUCGAACCACGUAGCGACCGAUUUGCCCGACGUGAAUGGCGCUAGUAAUAUUGACGCUUUCGCUUCGAACCAAACAAUCUUGCCUGACCUUUCCGCACCUGCUCCCGAAUUAGAAUUCUCCUCCACCUCCGUUUCUGAUCCUUCACAACUUCAAGAUACGAACACAACCACCGACGCGGAGAUCUCAAUGUCGUUGGGCGACCAACAACCUGAGAGCGCGCUGGUUUCUGCGGAAUCCGCCAUUGAAUCUGCGAUUGAAGACGUCGCGCCAACCUCAGCUGUCCCACCAGUAGUUGAAGCACCAGAGUCCGAUCUCAGAGAUACAAUCCAAGCUGUUGCGCCAGAAGCAAGCUUGGAGGAACAAUCGCAAGCUAACGCACUCGAUUUCGAUCUUGACGACCAUACUCUUGCGAACCAAACAGCGGAUUUGGAGGUCGACGCUAACAGUCAAGGUGUUGAUAUCACUUUCGAUCCGUCUCCUUCAACCGUCCCUGAACUUCCUUCCGAUCUACAACCACCGCAACAAUCGGCUGCCAUGACCGAUCCAAAUCCUGCGCAGGUCGAAUCUAACCACGCAGAAUUCGUUGAUUCUACUGCUGAACCGAAAGACACAGCUAUGGAGGACGCACCCGCUGUUUCCGCCAAAGUGUCUCGUGAGCGUGAAGAUGACGACGAAGCUGAGCCCUCUGCGAAGCGCACAAAGACAGAUGACGCCAAGAUGUCUCUGCAAGAAGCCCCCACCCAGAAUGGAGAUACCUCUGGAGAUCACAAGGAUGACCCAAAGCUCACCCCAUUUGCCGCAAAUAACAUCAUCAAGAUCAUCAAGACUGUUGCGAGAUCUCCAGCUGGCAAGAACUUCCGCGGGCCAGUUGCAAGACUUUGGCCCACAUUUGCAGCAUUGUACGCCGAGAAGAUCUCGACCCCGAUUGACCUGGAGACGAUGGAGCACCGAUUGCGAGAUAUGGUCUAUCAAACUAUGAGCGAGGUCAUCAGCGAUAUCGAAUUGCUUUACAGCAAUGCCCUUACAUUCAACGGUCCUGGUCACGCCGUCACAAAUGCCGGUAAAGAUGUUCGAGCUACGUUAUUGAACAAAGUUCCCAAGGUUGCCUUUAUUGAGCCUGCUCCUGCACCGAAGAAGGACAAGAAGCCUGCAGCUAAGCGAUCCACUCCCGUUCCUGAUGCUGCCCCACGAGUUGCUGCUCGCCGACCCUCAAGAGGCUCUCAUGGUGCGGUAGCUCCUGCUGCUCAACCUGCGCAGACCUUUGCCCUGGACCCAACCUCCAACACCCCCUUGAUCCGCCGCGACUCCACGAAGGUUGAUGGUGGCCGUCCCAAGAGAGAAAUCCACCCACCCAAGAACAAGGAUCUGCCCUAUUCUGUCCGGCCAAAGUCAAAGAAGCACGCACAUGAGCUCAAGUUCUGUGAGGAGAUUCUGACCGAAUUGAACAAGGCUAAAUACCGUGAUUUCGUAAGUCCAUUCCAGACUCCGGUGGAUCCAGUUGCUCUUGGUAUCCCUCAGUACUUCGCCAUGAUCAAGAAGCCGAUGGAUUUGAGUACCAUGUCGCAGAAGCUCAAGGCAGGAUCGUAUAACAAUGCAGCCGAUUUCGACAAGGACAUCAGACAGAUGCUCUGGAACUGUUUUAAGUUCAAUCCUGUUGGCAAUCCUGUUCAUGACCUCGGUAAGAAGGUAGAGGACCUAUACAAUAUUCAGUGGGCAAAGAAGGACCAGUAUCUUGCCGAUCGUAGCCCCCCUGCGGCCAGUCCAGUCAGCGCCGGCGAGUCAUCAGAUGAAGAUGAGGAGGAGGAGGAAGCCGCUGUUGAUAAGAGCCAGGAAAGCACACUUUCGGCUGCUAAGGAAAGACUGCUCGAGGAGCAACAAAAGCUGAUCACUCUCAUGGGCGCCAAGCAUCCGGAUCAAGGACUGAUUCAAAUGCAGAAGGAUAUGGUCGGCAUCAUCCAGAACCGUAUCUCGCAAGAUGAGGCAGCACUCAAGAUGAAGCCCAAGAAGGUCAAGGCUCCCAAGGCUGCUAAGAAGGCUCCUCCACCAAAGAAGCCCGCUGCUUCCAAGAAGGCUAGCGGUAACCGCCAAAAGUACAUGGGAACCCUAGAGAAGGAAACAAUUUCUGCUGGUCUUGGUGCACUACCUGACGAGGUCUCGAACGAAGUGCUGGCCGAUAUCAAGAGGGAGAGACCUGGCAUUGAUGCUGGUGAAGAUGGCACUCUCGAAUUAGAUAUCGAUGUUAUCAGUGUUCCGCUCCUUUGGAAGAUCCAUGGUCUCAUCAUGCAAUACGCUCCCGAUGUCCAAGAAGGCAUCAAGAAGUCCAUGGCCGCAGACAGCCACCCCAAACCCCCUCCAAAGGCAGCUGCACCUAAGAAGAAGAACAAGCCAAUGAGCAAAUAUGAGCAAGAACGAAACAUCGAUGCACUGUCCAAGACGCUCCACGCUUAUGAUAGACAAACUUCUGGAUCUCAAGAGCCUGUCCUUCCGACCGUCGAACAACAAGAUGAAUCCAGUGGUGAUGAAGAUUCCGACUCUGAGGAGGAAUAAUCAGUCCCGGCCAAUCGCUUCUGCUAGGCGUUCGACCCCCCUUCGACCUCUUUCGAUUGUACCAUACCCUUUCCCUUACCUUCACGACCACUAU